AAUACCGAAAUUAUCACCAAUCAGAGAGUCCGUAUCAUUUCCGUGUUUCACAGAAUCAACUUCCUGUGUAAGUCAGAUGGUUACACCCCAAGGAAAAAAAUAAUUGAAAAUACAGAUAUAGGGGUGGAUAGAUUAACAGGUAGAAGAUGAUUUUACUGGAAAUCAACAACAGGAUUGUAGAGGAAACGCUGACAUUAAAAUUUCAGAAUGCUGUAGCGGGUAAUAAACCAGACAAUAUUGACAUAACAGUUGCAGAUUUUGAUGGUGUUUUGUACCACAUCUCAAACCCUAAUGAUGAUAAAAGUAAAAUAAGGGUCAGCAUAUCUCUGAAGUUUUAUAAAGACCUGGAGGGACAUGGGGCAGAAGAGCUCAUCAAGCGUGAAUAUGGAGACCAUUUAGCCACUCCGGAAGAAGGGUACAAUGUAUCGGUCGUGUUUGACCUUGAAAAGGUGCCAAAAGACUGGGAGGACUGGGUCACAAAAGUAGGUCUACUGAAGCGGAACUGCUUUGCCUCUGUGUUUGAGAAAUACUUUCAGUUCCAGGAGGAGGGGUCCACGGGUCACAAGAGAGCGGUGAUUCAGUACCGAGAUGAUGAGACUAUGUAUGUAGAUGCACAGAAGGACAGAGUGACAGUUAUUUUUAGCACAAUAUUUAAGGAUGAUGACGAUGUCAUUAUAGGAAAAGUCUUUAUGCAGGAGUUUAAGGAGGGUCGUCGAAAGUUUCAGCAAGCGCCUCAGGUUCUUUUCUCUCACCGUGACCCACCUCAGGAGCUGGCAAACACGGGCGCCCGUGUCGGGGAGAACAUUGGAUACAUCACGUUCGUUUUGUUUCCACGUCAUACCAGCAAAGCAGCACGAGAAAACACCAUAAACCUCAUCCACACACUGCGAGACUAUCUGCACUACCACAUUAAAUGUUCCAAGGCCUACAUCCAUUCACGCAUGAGAGCCAAAACCUUAGAUUUCCUUAAAGUGCUAAACAGAGCGCGACCAGAGGUCAAGGAUAAAGAGAAAAAGACAAUCAGUGGAAAAACAUUCCGACAACAGUGAGUACGAAACCAGACUGAGGAAUUAUGGGAGAUAUUAGAUGCCAUUUUAUACUUGUAUCCAAAUUGCCUGGACACAGUACUAGGAAAAUGAAAGAAUUCCACGUGCAUGCUGAAUCACUGUCUCAGGAGAGAAUCUUAUAGGGACAAUUCUUAUAAAGCCAUUUGCUUUCUGUCGUUUUAGGGGAUAAUUGAAUUGAACAAAUUAUUUAGAGAAUAGAAUUUCUUUGCUCUGUUAUUUUUUAAAUCAUGUUGAAAUGUUAGGAGCAAGUACACGUUUUUGACUUGCGAGUUAAGAGUGUGAUGCAAGAAUUGAUAUAAUAGGAAUUCUCCUGUAAAAGAAGGAACAAACAGUGGACUGCUGGGCUUCCUUAACAAAUACACCAAUAUAUUAUAUAUGUCGAAAUUAAAAUAUUUAUGUGAUGUGUGCUCAUGAGACUGUGAACUUGAUGCAACCAUAUUGCAACCUUUACUGAAAGAUAUUCUUUAUUGUAUAUGACAAAUUAAGGUACCAUAAUUGUUAAUAAAAAAAUCUUAUCCAACGAA